AAUGAUGAAAGUGGAUGACACGCAUAAUAGUUGAAGGCGGCGUGCAGCUAGAAGGAUUUUCUUUUGGUGAACAGAGUACAUUCAAUGUACAUUCAAAACGCAACUUAACAGAAACAAUAAAAUAAUAAAAAUCAACACUAGUUGAACAUGGUGUAACCAAUGAACGUUGAACCGGUACAGGUUUUCAAUUUGGACACGACAAUUUUAAAGACAAAACCAUAGAAAAGAAAAAGUGCCACCAACCAACAGCUUAACCUUUCUUGUUCAAAAAGAAAUUCUAUUCGACUACUUCUGAAAAAUCUGAACUUUGAAGAUUGUUAAUUGAUGGAGACGGUGAUGGAAGAUGUUGAAGAAUACAAUUACAGAGAAGUGAAGCUUCCAUCGUUGAUCCCAAUAGUGCCUGAACCAGAGCUUGAGAGAGAAACAGGAGAAAGAAGAAGAGGAAGAGAUAUAGUUAUAGGCAUAGAUCAUGGUCCAAACAGUAAACAUGCUUUCGAUUGGGCUCUUAUUCAUCUAUGCAGACUUGCUGAUACCAUCCACCUCGUUCAUGCUGUUUCUGAUGUGAAGAACCAGAUUGUGUAUGAUUUGACUCAGGGGCUGAUGGAGAAAUUAGCUGUUGAGGCUUUUGAAGUUGCAAUGGUAAAAACAGUAGCUCGGAUUGUGCAAGGCGAUCCAGGAAAAGUAAUUUGCUUGGAAGCAGAGAGAACUAAACCUGCCGCUGUUGUUUUGGGAACCAGAGGCAGAAGCUUGUUUCAAAGUGUACUACAAGGAAGUGUUGGUGAGUACUGCUUUCACCAUUGUAAAGCAGCACCUGUUGUAAUUGUUCCUGGAAAAGAUCUUGGUGAUGCAUCAAUUGUCUAGUGGAUUUAGGUUGUAUUAUUUUUGUAAUUGUAAUGUAUCUAAAAUUCACAUGUUAUGGUUUGUUUUUGACUCACUUUUCCGUUUGAAAAUUCGUGGGAAUUUUACUUGUUUUGCAAGUAAUUGUAAAAUAUUCAUUUCAUGAAUGUAACCAUUGUUUGGCUUUCUAUGAAAACGUUGUGGUUUUUAAUA